AUGCCUUCGACGUCGACACGGCCACGAAAGGCUCGCUCUACUACGGCCGACAGUAAAACGGAAUCCGGCUCCAUAGCCUCUUCACCCAGGCAGAAAGACUCGGGCACCCCGCAGAACAUCCUCCUCUUCCUAAUUGCAUUUCGUGCAUUAAACGCACUUUGCGUCAGGACCUUUUUCCAACCAGACGAAUUCUUCCAGUCGUUGGAACCUGCAUGGCAGAUUGCGUUCGGUGGGGACAGCGGUGCUUGGAUAACUUGGGAAUGGAGGCAUCACUUGCGGUCUUCGAUACAUCCGUAUAUCUUCGCGGCUGUUUAUUACGUUUCUAACCUGGUAUCUGGAUAUCUUUCGAUAUCGCCUCUUUAUCGCGCAAACUUGCUCCUUGCCGCCCCAAAACUCACACAGGCACUGUUCGCCGCUGUGGGGGAUUUUUAUACGUGGAAGCUGGCCGGGAAGGUUUAUGGGAACAGCAGCUAUGAAGCCUGGGGCGCUCUCGCGUUGACCGUCCUAAGUCCCUGGCAGUGGUUCUGUUCGACAAGGACAUUAUCCAAUUGCCUUGAGACGAGUCUCACAGUUGUCGCAUUGUAUUUAUGGCCGUGGGGAUGGCCGUCGGAAUUAUCUUAUCCGCAAAGGGCGAGCUCCAGGAAUGACAGCACAAGAAACAAGCCGGCCACCCAGAGAUCCCUUGUGCUCGGUAUAUCGACGCUUUUGGACCGUGUCUACUACGGUUCCUGGACAUUUCCUCCUUUUAAAUUUCUCUACUUUAACAUCGCCCAGUCACUCGCCAUAUUUUAUGGACGCAAUGACUGGCAUUACUACCUCUCUCAGGGCUACCCACUCCUCCUCAUGACUACUCUUCCUUUUUCCCUGAUAGGACUUUUCCAGGCGAUGUUCGCGAAGCAGAGAAGCCUCACUAGCCAACAGAAUUCCAUUAAGUGUCGGCUUGCAGUUGUUUGCACAUUUAUGCCGGCCGUCCUUUCACUGGUCUCCCACAAAGAAGUUCGCUUCAUCUACCCGCUUCUUCCCGCCCUUAUAAUCCUUGCCUCUCAGCCUGCAGUGAAGUUCUUCCUUCCCCCCAUCUCCUCUCGCUCCCGCUCAAACGGCUCCCGACGACUCCUUUUGAUAUUUCUCUCCCUUGUAAACAUUUAUAUUGCCUACUAUACUACAUUCUCCCACGCAUCAGGUGUCCUCAACGUCAUGGACUAUUUCCGCACCCAAUAUGUCGGCCACUACCUAGGAGACACCCCACCCAAGCUGGGAUACCCUGCAGGUCUUUCUUCUUUUUCUUCUUCGUCUUCAUCCUCCGUGAUGCCCACAGUUAUGACAAUUGGCUUCCUUAUGCCUUGCCAUAGCACACCCUGGCGCUCCCACCUCAUCUUUCCGAGAAUCCACGCUUGGGCCCUAUCCUGCGAGCCACCGGUAAACCUCAACUCAACUGAAAAAUCCACUUACCUAGAUGAAGCAGACCUAUUCUACGAAGACCCAGCCACCUUCCUCCAAAAAAACAUGCAAGGUGGACUACGCCACUUCCCUUCAAAACCCUCCUACCAACUCAACAGCAAUCAACUUACCCACCAUCGCCCAUCAUCCAACACUUCCCAGGAUCCUACAAUGCCUCACCACCAUUUGUGGCCGGAUUACCUCGCCUUCUUUGGCCAACUCGAACCAACCCUCCGCACCUCCCUUCAUAGCUCCCCAUACGCCGAAUGCUACCGCACCUGGAACACAGCCUGGCACGACGACUGGCGUCGCAAAGGCGACAUCGUCGUCUGGUGUCUAGAUCAGACUAUCCAGCGGGAAUGGCGCGAGCAUACACAGCUGCUGAACCAGGCCGGCUGGCAGCGACACAUGCAGCAACGCGAGAGACAGUUCGAUAAGAUCAUUGAUGGAUUUCGGAAGGAGGCGGCGAGGGGAUCGUCGUUUUUCCGGACAAUGUCGGGCGUGAGGGGUAGCUUGGGUUUGGGUUCGUCGUUUUUGCCCGCCUCCUGGUCGUGGUCGUCAUCGCCAUCAUCAUCAUCAUCAUCAUCAUCAUCCUACCUCCCGACGACGUGGCCAUUUUCCCUCUCUCCGCCAACAUCUAGGAAAUGGUACCAGGUUUCUUGGUCGUGGUCGUGGCCGUCGCUCUCGGCGCUGCAGCGGAAUGCGAGGCGGUGGCAGUUGACGUGGUCAUGGCCGUGGUCGUGGGUGGGGCGGAGAAAGCACACGAGGUGGCCAGAGUGGAUGACCGAGUCGCCGUGGGUACCAGAUUGGGAUGCGUUGGUGAAAAAGUCAAAGUCCAGGGGGAAGUCAGAGAGGAUGUUGUGGUCUUGA